CAAUGGCAUCUGUGCUCCUUUAUUUCGAAACAGACUAUUAUGAGACACUUCAAAUUUUCUGUAUGUCAAUAGCAAAAGGUCUUGCGUUGUGCGAUGGAUGCGGAGAAGAAUGCACGCACUUGCAGCGAAAAAGGAGAGGUGCCUGAAAUUGACGCCUGCUGUGGUAAACAAAAAAGCCCUGGUUUUCUGUUCCUGUUUUAGAGUUGCUAGUGUGUGUGCCGAUUGUAGGCGGAAUGUUGUGAUUUCAGUCGGGCGGGCUUGGGAGGGAGAAUUCACUCUUGGCACUGGAGCAAUAUUGCAGGCAAAGCCGUAGCUGCCAGGUUUUGCUACAGCAGCGCCUGCCGGCCCUAAAAU